AUGGCAGGCAAAAGACUGUCAAUAGUUAUUACAUUUAUCGUUUUAUUUGCAUUGGGUAUACCAGUUUGGUGGAAUACUACAACAACCUAUCGAUCGAAUGUAGAUUUCUCAAAGAUACAAUCUUUUAAUAAACAAAUAAAUAAUACAUUAAAUAAUAAUAAUAGUGGUGGUGGUGGCAAUAAUAUUGAUAACAAUAGUCAAUGGUCGUUGUUUAAAGAUUAUCUAUAUAGUAAAACAAGUGAUAAUAACAAUAGAGAUACUGUUGUAAAGAGUGCAACUGAAUAUUGUCUUUCUUUUACUCUAUUGAAUGCAGAUCCAUCUUCAUCACCUUUUAUACCAAGAUGGGACUUCCCAUCACUCUUUAAAUCACAAUUAGAACCAUUCAUUGAACAAAUAUCAGAUAUUGCAAACUUUACAAUUCAAUCAAAAGUUGCACAUUAUGCAACUCUUAUGAAAACACCUUUAUUUGACAAAGAUUUAAAUCAAUAUAAUAUACCAUUACAAUCAUUAUCUGAAUAUAUCAAUCCAAAUGAAUGGAAUUUAGAUAGUUCAUCAUCAACCAAUCAACCUACAUUGAAUUUCAUUAUAUUCAUUCCAUCACAAAACAAUCAAUCACCACUGUACAUUAGAGACGUAAAGAACAAGUCAAACAUCAAUUCAUUCCUCAUUCCACAGUGGGGUGGAAUCAUCAUUCACAACGUUGUCGACACCGCCGACACUCAAGUGUCUGACAACAAGUAUUUGGAUAUCAGCGCACAACUCCACAAUGAGAUGGCGACAUUCCGCUAUCAGCUACAAGAACUGCUCGGUCUACACCACCUCUCGCCAAGCGAAGCGGUUCGUCUGCGUGUGAGUGACGCGCACAUCGACCAACUCAUCGAUCGCUACACCAAGCAGAACGUGAACGUCUCACUUCAGACACUGACUUCGCUGGCAGCACUCAUCGACGGACUGCCCAAUAUGCGUGUACUCGACAACAUCCAGCAUCUCGUGGCAAACGCCACCGACGCACUGGACCGCGCGCACCACUGCCUCGAGAAGCACGACCGUCUCUGUGCGUUGCGCGCAUCAAAGAUCGCACUCGCCUCCUCAGAGACAGCGUUCUUUGACAAGAACAUGCUUUCUCAACUCUACUUCCCAGACGAACAUAAAUACGCUGUUUACACGCCACUCUUUGUACCAGUAUGUUUUCCGAUUGUCGCCGGAGUAUUUCAAGAAUAUAAAAAUUCAAGAGCUAAAAAAGCAAAAAACUACAACAACAGCAACAACAACAAUCAAAUAAUAAUAGUGAUAAUAGUAAUAAUAACAAUAAUGAUAAAGAGAAAUCAAAUUAAAAUAAUAUAA